AUUUAUUGGUUUUAUAUACUUGUAUUUAAAUAACAAAAUUAAACAGCAUUAAUUAAUUGGGCACCAAUACCAGCAUUCGACAAAAAUACUCACGCUUGUCCAUUCAUCUACUCAUUCAGCCACCCAUCCACCCAUCCAUCCAUCCAUUAAUAGUUUAAUGAGUGUAUUCAGCGCAAGCGCACUUUACGAGCUUGCUUUUUGGUGGAACUGUCUCAGUUUUGGCUUGCAUAUCAUCGUUGGGUCGCUCUCUGCUUUUAAUUUUUGGUCAAAACAGCACUCGCUCAAACGCAUAUCCGACUUGGCUCCUGCUCCAGUCGCAGCCCUGCUCGCAACACAACCGGGUCAUGCGCAUCACUAUACCAGCUGGCCAGCGCUGGUUGUCGAGAUCGUUCAUACAUGGCUGAAUUGCGGUUUCACUUUGGCCAAUCGCAGCGGCGUCUCAUUGGCCUCGUCAGCAUACCAUUUUGUCUUGACACUCGCUAUUGCUCGCACGCUAGUGGCAUUGCUAGAGUUCUAUAUCAGGCGGCCUGCCAUUUCAUUGCCCCAAUCUGCGGUAUCUACGCACAAAACGGCGAAUUCACACAACAGCAAGCAGUGGAUUGUCCGCAUCAAUCGGGCUGCAUGGCUGACGCAGCAGGGCGGGUUCUUUCUAGCUGGAAUUUCUGCUGCACUUAUGUUCCUCCUACAUGAGCAAAAACAACAUAAACAAGAGCAAGAGCACCUGCAGCAGAAGCAGCACCAGGUAUUACAACAUUUUUUCUCUGGUUUCUCACUCGAAAACGCGGCCGUGUGGGUCAUGCCACAUACUGCAUUGCUUGGCGCUAUUGUCUCCAUUGCUUUUGCUGUCGUCAUUUUGGCGGACAUAUGGCAGCUAAAGGUGAAAUCAAAUUAUCUAAUUCCUGCCUUGCAUGCUGACAACGCAAACAAUGCAAACAACGCGCCGCCGGCAACAGCGGUAGAUAAUUCUGUGCAUUCCGUUCUGUCGCGCCUGACGUAUCACUGGGUGCUCAAUUUUCUUCGCACGUAUCAGCAGGACAUCGCACCGCAGUCAGACUUACCAGCGUCGACAAAGUCAGCGACCUUUGUGCCGUCUCCAAGUAGCAGCAGCAGCCUGGAUCCGCGCGUGCUACAUUCGCAGUUUGUGACCUUUUGGAGCGCAGAGCUUUCCAGCGGCCGGCAGUCUCUGGCACAUGCAAUUGUCAACACAUUUGCCGGCGACCUGUGGCUGUCUAGCACCCUGCGCCUGUUUGUGUACAUUAACGACGUUCUUUUGCCGCUUUUGAUCGCUCGGAUUUUGCGAGAAAUUGGCGAUAUGCAGGGUGAGAUUGAACAGCGCAGUGGGUCGCUAGGCAGAGUGGCUACUGCACUGGCGUGCUACAGUGUGAUGUCCCUGAUCAGCGCUGUGGUCGAGCAAAACCAGAUUGAUUUGCGCGACAAGACAACGCUUAAAAUCCGAAUCACCCUUACUGCUGCUGUACACAGUAAGGCCCUCGAUAUGCAGCACUCCACCAAGGACACCGCUGAUCUGUACUCCUGCGGAAUUCACAGCACGCAGCAACUGGCCACCCAUAUACUUUCUCUAAGCCAGGCCAUCUGGCUGCCGUUGCGAGUUACAGCCGGCUUGUACGUAUUUUAUUGCCAGGUUGGUUGGGCUGUGGGCCCGGGCAUAGCCGCCGUGCUCCUCUACCUACCCCUGCGCAACCGCCUUGUAGCUCGCCGACUUAGCGCUCAAAAGAAAGCCGCACAGGCAAUGAGGAGUCGCGUGUCUCUGGUUUCCCAGCUGGCCGACAGCAUUGUGCCGAUGCGUCUGUUGGCGUGGGAGCACCUGUUGGUAGAAAAAAUCCAAAACAUACGCAGGCAGCUUGAGCUCCCGUGCAUGGUUGAGGCAAGCAUGGCGUCGUCGCUUCUGUCAUUUGCCCGGACUGCGUGUCGGACCGGAGGACCGCUGGCAUCGCUAUUUAUAUACACCACGUUGUCCCAUGUUAUUACCGGGUACUUUAGCCGCAGUGACAGCAUGCUUAAGGACAAUGGCGAGAGUGGACGCGGAAUGUAUAUGACCACAGAGCAAGUUUUUGUCGUACAGGCUAUUCUGCGCGAACUGUUUCCGCUGCUCAUCGACGUGCCGCAUACAUUUGACAGCUGGUGGGAUGCAAAGCUGCCUUACAGCCAGAUUCGCAAUCUGCUCGUUGCACCCGAAAGCAAAGGCCGCAAUGAUUUUGGCGACGAGAAACUCGACAUGGACAGUGGCUCCAUCCGAAUCUCCGACGGUGUGUUUGAUUGGAAGACGCCGGGUGCAACUGGAAGUGCGUUUUCGCUCGAAUGCAAUUGCCUGGAAAUAUCUCCAGGCCAGCUAGUGGCUGUGGUGGGUGCUGUUGGAUCGGGCAAGUCAUCGCUGGUAUCGGCCUUACUCGGUGAAAUGGACCAGACGCAUGGUCAGCAACAAAUUAGCGGGCGCGUUGCCUACGUGUCACAGUUACCCUGGUUAAUGGGUGGCACGGUCCGCGAAAACAUCACAUUUGGCUCCACAUUCGACUGCGACUGGUACGCGCAAGUCAUCGACGCCUGCGAGCUCACCCACGAUAUUAAUUGGUGGUCUGCUGGAGACCAGACCGUUGUUGGUAGCAGUGGUCAGACACUGUCGGGUGGCCAGCGUAUGCGCGUGGCCUUGGCGCGAGCAGUUUACGCACGGGCGGACAUCUACAUAUUGGAUGACGUGCUGGCCGCUGUGGAUCCUGGCGUCAGUCAUCGGAUUAUGGAUCGCGUACUGUUGGGAGAAUCCGCGCUGCUUUCUCGAGCUACACGCCUGGUGGUUACGCGCGAACCGAGGCUCCUACUUUCUGCCGACGCCAUUUGUGUCGUGGGCGACGGUCAAGUCGUGUUUAAGCCACAUCCAUUGCUUAACAUCAUUGAUGAGCCAGUGGACAUAAGCGCCUAUGCGCUGGCGGGUAUUAAUAACAAUGGGGAGCUUCUUGCCGAAAGGUCCAUGCAGGCCUGUGGUAUGGGCAUGCCAAUUGAUCUGCCUAUAACGUCGCCCACGCUAGCCGAAGAUAUUAUUUGUGCGAUGGCCACGCCGCCGAGUAGCACGCCGCCAAGCAGCACGCUGCCGAGCAAUACGCCGCUGAGCAAUACGCUACAGCAUCUCCCUAGCAUCAGCACUAUUGCACCGUCCGACCGCCAGCCAAGUCCGAUUGAUAACCCCGGCUCUUACGCGCAAUACCUUGUUCCCGUGAAAUACAUGCUGCGCUUGUGUGGCGGGUACAUGGUAGCAGCACACUGCGUUACGGUUGCCUUGCAGUGCCUGGCGACCAAUCAAGCAAAGCUAUGGCUCGGCAAGCCAAUUCCGUUUGCACACACGUUGCUGGAGGCAACUGACUCCGGCAACAAUCACAGCGAGCAAUGGGAUCCGACGCUGUGGCAUUUUGCCAUGUCCACAACCUGGUGGGCUGCCGAUGUUUUGCUAGAGUUUGCGUCGCAGUGGUGGACCGAGGUUGCCUGGCGCCGAGCCAUGUUUGUCAAAUCACACGGUGAGCUGCUGCAAAGCAUCUCCGCAGCGCCGCUGUCGUUCUUCAACUCAAUGCCUACGGGUCGGAUUUUGGCUCUAUUCACGGACGGCCAGAACGACGUUGACUUGCGCAUGCCUCAGAGGCUGGCUAAUUUGGCGACAUUUACAGUGAAGCUUGGCUUCGAGGCAUGGAUCAUUUUAAUGUUCCACCCCGUGCUGGUGGUUUUCGUGGCUGUGGCCAUCACUGUUAUGUGGGGGAUUGCCAGUGUUAGCAGAAUCCCACUUGCCACCAUUACCACAGCCCAAACCGAGUCGCAGCCGCUUAUUGACGCGCAGUUCCAGGACGCUCUUGCCGGAGCCUCGACAAUCCGGGCGUUUUCAGUGCGUUCGUUUGUCAAGAGCCGGCUGGACUCCCGCAUGUUUUACUAUGCUCAAACGCGGCGCAUUGGCGACAGCAUUGAGACAUGGAUUGACUUGACCAUGUCGUUGCUGCGCGUGGCCGGGACCACUGUUGCGUUUGCAAUUGCGCUGAUAAGCGUUGCCAAUGGGAUGGCCGUGGAUCCGACGCAAUUGUCGCUUGUGCACAUGUGCGUGAUGUUUAUUCUCGCACGGCUGCAGCAUCUCAUCCGGCACUCGCAUGCCAUGAGGUCCAACUUGUCCAAGGCUGGGCAAUAUAUCCACUACACCAACUUGCGCUCUGAGCAGGCUUGCGCGCGACAAUACGCCUCUACCCCGCUGCAAAAAGUUUCUGAGCAGUGGCCAGAACGCGGAUCUGUGACGUUUAACCGUGUGUGCGCGCGGUACAACGGCAUUUCAAAUAGCCUUGAAAACGCCGCCGGUUUGACCGGCUCGUCGUUGCGCGACAUGUCGUUUGAGAUCAAGCCCGGCCAGCAUGUUGGAAUUGUUGGGCGCACGGGUGCAGGAAAAAGCAGCAUUGCCAUGGCUCUCUUUGGUCUUUUGCACGUAGAGUCCGGCAGCAUUUCUAUCGAUGGCAUAGACAUACGCUCUGUCGACUUGCCGACGUUGCGUAAACGUCUUGCCAUUGUGCCACAGACUCCGCACAUAUUGCCAGGGUCGAUCCGCGACAAUCUCGAUCCGCUCAACUGCCACUCUGACGCCGAAAUUAGCCGCGCGCUGGUCUCUGUUGGUCUCGACAAAAAAUACGACAUCAACGUCGAGACGCCAAAAGAUUGGAGCACAGGACAGCAACAACUGCUCAGUUUGACUCGCGCACUACUCAAGCGCGCCAAUAUUCUGGUUCUAGACGAGGCCACUGCGGCAGUAGAUGCGCUUGCUAGUCAUCAGUUGCAUGCGCUCAUUCGCGCGCAUUUUUCUCAUUGCACGAUCCUCACUAUAGCUCACCGUAUGGACUCAAUUUUGCACUGUAAUCUUAUACUAGUUGUGAGGGAUGGGGCAGUGUGCGAGACCGGGACGCCAGCUGCUUUGCUCAGCGCUGAGGGCUCGUAUUUGGCUCAACUGUCGCGCAAGCCGAAUUUUCAAUCAUGGCUGGACGCAUUGGCCUCCAGUAAAGCGACAGGAAUUGUAUCUACACCCGGCACGUCUACGCCCCCAUGACUACGUAUAAUAAAAAGUGUGGAUGUAUUUA